CAGAUGCUCAAUGAGAAGAUCUAGCCGUUUUUCUCUCAUCAGCACUCCUGACGCUAUACAGUAAAAGCUGUUUCCAGGGAUUACACUCUGCCCGCUCUUCUGCUUAGUAACAACCCAUUUCCUCAGCCAAGGGACACUUAUUUGUGAACCUCUCUCUUAAGCGGCUGCUUUCUAGAGAGAACAGGUACCUUCUCGCACCUUAUUUUGCAAAUGCUUCUGUUUACCAAGGAAUGUAGCUGAAUGUUUAUGUCUUGGAAUUUUUUGCCAUAAGUCCAGCUAUGGCAAGGACUUGCGCAGGAUGCAAAGAGAAGAGGCCCGCACACAGUUUGUGUACGAACUGCAACAAGUGGCUGUGCAGCUUGUGUACAGAGGAACACGGGCACAGCGAGGAAACAGGAGACCAUUUCCUCCCUAUUCCAUUGAAAGGAUGUUCAGGAGCUGAAGGGGAGACAAGUGAAUUUCCUUUAUUUUGCCCCAUGCACAAUCAAGAGACACUCAAGCUGUUUUGUGAGACCUGUGAUGUCCUUACUUGCCGCUGCUGCCUUCUGACAGAGCACAAGGAGCACAGAUUCCGUCAUCUUCAGGAAGCUUUGCAAAACCAGAGGAUGAUCCUGGAAAAUGUAACCGCUAAAGUGGACGAAAAGAAAAAUGGAGUACAGGUCUCAGCCAAACAGAUUGAAGACAGAUUGUUUGAAGUAAAACACCUGCAAAGAAAAGUGGAAAAUCAGAUUAAAAUGGCCAAGAUGGUCCUGAUCAGUGAAAUAAAUAAGCGAGCCAAUGUUCUUCUAGAACAGCUAGAGAGGAUCUCCGGUGAAAGGAAGCAGAAACUGGAACAACAGCUUCAGGGCAUCAUGGUGCUAAACAGGCAGUUUGAACACGUCCAGAACUUCCUCAGCUGGGCUGUUUGCAGUAAAAAUAGUGUUCCAUUCCUCUUCAGUAAAGAACUGAUCGUGUUUCAGAUUCAGCGUUUGCUAGAAACAAACUGUAAUGCAGAUCUAGGUCCUCCUUGGAAGGUCAGAUUCAUGUGGGACCCAUCUUUCUGGACGAAACAACUCUCCAAUUUAGGCCACUUGUCAAUGGAUGGGGGAUCCAUCCAUCACUCAGAGGUACCAGCCUAUGGAAAUAUGCAAGGAAUGCAGCCCUCUUUGUAUCAUCAUAAUCAUGGACAUAAUUCACCAGCACCACAGCAUGACCCUCUCAAUAGCCAGCCUCACCAAUUUCAGCCUCCUGUCCACUGCCUGACGCCGGUGUGCUGCACCCACUGCCUUAAUAUCCCCCACACGAAUAAAGGACAUCUCCCUCCUCAGGCCCUGAGCCACCCUCCAUCUUUCCGGCAGCCUUCCGAAAUGCAACCCCAGCAGCCACAUUUCCCUCUGCAUUACAGUCUGCAGCAGCAAGAAAGGGAGCAGAGGUGUAGCCUUCGGCCCUUGAAGACAAUGCCGCCUUGUGCUGAGCAGAAAUCUCACCAGGAACAUGACAGUCUCUCGGCCAGGAUGGGGAAGCAUUCCCAAGAGCAACCCGUGCACCUGGGGGCUCACCCCAUCUAUCCUCCUCUACUACAGGAUGGUCAGCAAGGGCAUGCUGACCAUUCCCAGCAGUCACCUGUGCAGUCUGCUGCACCCAGUCCCACAGUGCAAGUUCAUCUGAGUCCCCUCCAGAAGCUGAAGCUGAACCCCUUACAACAGCCACUGCAGCAGCACGAAGAGCCGCCGCCACCGCCACCAUCACCACAGCAGUCACCUACCCUGGCAGGUCCGAAUGAGAAGGCUCAUGACCAAGUGAUCCAACAGAGUUUGGACAUCAUGCACCACCAGUUUGAGCUGGAGGAGAUGAAGAAAGACUUGGAACUCCUUCUCCAGGCUCAGCAACCCAGCCUGCAGCUGAAUCAGGCCAAACCGCCUCAGCACGUACAGCAAACAAUUGUGGGACAGAUCAACUACAUCAUGAGGCAGCCUGCUGCAGUUCCUCAACAAAGCCAGGAAGACACUCAACAGGCUGGUGAAGAUUCUGUAGAGGCAGAAGGUCAAAAACCAGCACUUCCCCUUGAUAGAAACCCAAUACCACCCCUGCCACAGCCAUUAGAAGAAGCUAUUAUCAGUAUUCACUCUCCAGAGAGUGCUUUGAAUCCUGUCAGAAAGCAGUCAGCAUCUCUGAACAUUGUGGGCUUUUCAAAUGCUGUAGAAAUGGAUUUGUCUUCAGCAAGGAUAUCCAAGUCAGCUGAUCUACAGGCAAAAGAAAUCUCCACUGUGACAUCUGAACAAUCCCAGAGUAUGCCAUCUAAUACCAAUGGGACUCUUGAAGUUGUGCCUGGUUACAGCUGGACUUUGGAUGGAACUACAAAUGAUAUAAAUCCUGAUCCAACUGACCAUGUGACAACUAGUGGCAUACCCCUGGGGAACACAGUGUGCAAGCUGGAAAGUGAUGACUUUGGCUCUGCAAGAUACCCUCUUCGAAGAAACUCUGCUAGUCCUGAUCCAAAAGGCAUGAAUGAAUUACCUCUUCCUAUGCACAAUAUUCUGGAAGAACCUAUUAACCUUUCAGUGAAGAAGACUCAGCCAUGUGUACCCCAUCCCAUACUUAUCAGCAACACUGCCUCCAUGCAGUCAGUUAAUUCAGAACCAAGACAUACGGAAGAUUAUUGUAGUUGUGAAGAGGAGCAUGUUGAAAUGGAAAUUAAAAGUAAUCAGGACAACAGAGUUCAUGCCAAAGAUGCCAAAAUCCCAUAUGUGCGACUGGAAAGACUCAAGAUAUGCACAUCAGAGUCAGGAGAGCUUCCAGUAUUUAAACUGCAGCCCCAGAAGAACCAACAUGAUGGGACUUUCCUUUUGAUAAUUGAAUGCGGUACUCAGUCUUCAACCAUGUCUAUUAAGGUCAAUCAAGGAAAUCCACCUGAAAGAAUGAAUCAGAAGCCCAACUCUGAAAAUCUGGAAGAAAGAAGUAUCCCCACAAACCAAGUAACUGAGCAAGUGUCACUUCCUUCUGUAGAUCAGAGGCUCAGUAGUAGUAGUAGUAGUAAUAUGAAGAAAUCAUUGCUCACUCAGAAAGAAAAAUUACCUAUCGAGAAUGAGGACUUCUGUGCUGUGUGUCUGAAUGGAGGAGAGCUCUUGUGCUGUGACUACUGCCCGAAGGUGUUUCAUCUCUCGUGCCACGUUCCAGCUUUGCUCAGCUUUCCUGUAGGUGAAUGGGUGUGCACACUUUGCCGCAAUGUGGAGAAGCCGGAGGUAGAAUAUGACUGUGAAAAUACACGUUUCAACUACAGUAACAAACUCAUGACAGGAAGAGGACUUUAUGGCCUUGAGGAUUGUGACCAGAAGAAGUGUGAGAAGCUGGUACUUUCCCUGCUGUGCAAUAACCUGAGUCUUCCAUUCCACGAACCAGUCAGCCCCCUGGCUCGCCAUUAUUAUCAGAUAAUUAAAAGGCCUAUGGAUUUGUCCACUAUAAGGAAAAAACUCCUGAAAAAGAACAAAUUGCAUUACUCCACUGCUGAGGAGCUUGUAGCAGAUGUACGCCUUAUGUUCUGGAACUGUGCAACAUUUAACUAUCCUGAUUCAGAGGUUGCUGAGGCUGGACGAUGCCUGGAGAUAUUCUUUGAGAGUAAGCUCAAGGACAUUUACCCAGAAAAGCAGUUCUAUUCCUUGGUAAAGCAAGAUGAUUCUGAUUCAGAGGAAGUGGAUCAUGAACAAACCAAAGUAGCUCCCAAAGGAUUCCAGUGGCCCUCAUACAGACAAGAGUGCAUCCAGCCGAAAAGAAGACGACGGCAUGCAGACAGUGAAAAAACUAAAAGACCAAUGUUUUGGCCAGCGAAAGGGCUUUCGCAGGUGUGACUUCUGGACUGCUGCUUGGUUUGCUGUGAAGAAUGAAGAACAAAAAUAAUUGAUGGUGUGACGGGAGACAGGCAAUAUCAAUUACGUGUUUCACCUGAACUUCACACUAGUGGUUGACCAACUUCACUUACAUAUCCUUUGGGGAAAUUAUGUCUUCAGCAUAAUGUAAUUUUAGUGGGUCAUUGCCCAGCUAUCUGUUUUGUCUAACAAGUUGUAUUUACAUGAAUGUUUUGGUUAUAUACAAUAUCAAUUAAUAAUAAAAAUAGGAUAUUUGUUAUGCUUAUUUAAAAAUUAUUUUACAAAUUCUCUUCACUCUAUAGAUUGUAGCUCACAUAGUCCUCUGGGAGUCUUACCAUCACAGGGCACUACACAUACUUAUACUGGAUUAAAAUCAGGAGCCAUUUUACCAUGGAUAUCUCAGUCUGUCCUCUCCUGUACUGAACAAAAUAAAUGCCACAUUUAUCUGGUAUGAAUAAUGCACUUCCUUAUGCAGCUUCUAGCCGUAUGUUGUCUUGUUGAUAUGUUGUGUAACAGAAAACAUAACCACGGGAAUUCAGUUGAAGCAGUGACUUAGGAGGUUGAGUUUAACUGAGUUGUUUUGGCUCUUUGUUUAUAGGAAGACCAGCAUACAAUGCUGAAAAAAAAUAAGUGAGGGCAGAAAUAUGUAUUAUUAUAGAUGAGCUGUGAUUAAAAUUGAAAACAUAUUAGAAAUGUGAUUUAGGGUCAAAUUGCAUGUUAAUAAAAACAUCUAUUUCUUCUUCUGACUUGUAUCGGCAGUCCAGGGUUGCAAGUCUUUCCAAGUUACAUCUCUAACAUCAGAGGUGCAAACAAAGCUUUGCUGUCUCCCAGUUGGCUGGUUAUGAAGCAAAAUGAAGCUAAUUUGCUAAAUGUGGAAGGGUGCAUGCUGUUUGAAGAAACGGCAGCUUUCCACCUGAGGGAGUGUUGCUUCUAGCGACAUGUUUACUGUAUAACCUAUUUCAGCCCUCAGGCAAACUUUUGUAUUCGAAAAAAUCAGACUUCAAAGGAUCCUAUUCAUAUGCUCUGAAGAUCAAUCACCAGAUAAGCUAAUCUGCAAAUUAAGUUGAGGUGAGAAAAGUUUCCACUGUGCAUAUAGAUAUGCCCAGCAAUUAACUUAUUCCUUUUUCUAAUCACAGGCUAUCAAUAAUAGUUUGCUUCUGCCCUGAAAGACCUGCAUGCAGAAAUUAUAGCUUUUAGUUUCAGGGAGAAGUCUGGUACAGUUCCUUCCUACUCAAGAAGAAUAGCUAUGUGCCAGAAGUGAACCCUUUGCUUCACUCUUUGGGGUGAGGCUAUAGCUUGGAUGGCUAUCUGACACCAGGAACUCACAUGAUCCCAGUGUUCAGUUUAUUCUAGUCCUGUAUCUGACUCGUACAGUGCUGUGUGUGUGUGAUCAUGGAGCCAGGCUGCAUGGCAUCAAUUGCUGUACAGAUUUCUGAGACAUUGUUCUUGCCUUUUCUUGGCCUUCUUUCACCCUCCUAAUUUGACUGGUAUACUGUCAAACUAGAAGCUAUACUGUCCAUAAUUUCAGGUGCAGUUGUUUCAGUUUAUAUAAUGUUUGAUACCAUUCCUCACAUCCUGUACUGAUCACAUACAGUAGUGCUCUCAUCCACACCAUUAUCUCCUCCAGCUUCUUUAAUCCUAAUAAGUGAAAUAUUUAAAGCAUACUAUUAAUGGAGACUGGGUGUGAUUGCUGGUACACUGGUGCAGUCUUCUUAUAUGUCAUGUGAUUCUUUAAAAUGAGAAUCAUUUUAAGGCCACCAAAGUGUAGUAAUUUUCCAGGUAUUCUAUAUUCACUGUAAAUUUAUCAAUUUUUUCAGCACAGUCAAUAUAAAUCUAUUGAAUAUGGUAUCCAUGGAUGUUAUAAUAGAGAACACUUCUACUGAGACUUUAUAGAAAUGUUAGGAAGACCUAUUUUUUCCAAUGUUAAUAUUGUUCAACGUUAAUGCUGUAGGAACAUGUUGUUUCUUUUCCUA